UUCGGGUUCAAUCCGGAUUUUUAUUAUUUGAUCCGGCUAAAAAGAAGAAACUCGGACGGGAAACAUUUUCCGGCCGGACCAGGGCGGGUUUCCUGUUUUUCCCACCCACUCCUUCCCCGUAUCAGCGUUUCGGCCUUCCGUAUAUCGGUAUAUGUGCUACACAGAUGCUCUACAGUCGACCCGCUUGAAGCUUCGAUUUCCAAACCCGUAUCCGCUUCCUUUUGGGUCUGGCCUCCGACGACAGAGAAUUCACCGUUUUUCUUAACCCAGGGGUAUAUACAUUCCCUUCCCCUUUCUUUUACUCCUAAAAAAGGGUGGUUUUCAUUUCGCCUGGUGAAACUUACCAGCGUACCAUUAUUCAAGCCAGCCAUUGAAACUUCAAGCUUGUUCACAAUUUGUUCAGCUGGCCUGGCCCACUUUGUCUGCCUUGUUUUGAUAUUGAUGGUUUGAUUUAAGGAGAUCCAUGGGGGAGAAGACCAAGUACAGUAUAAUUAUCCCAACUUAUAAUGAACGACUCAACAUCGCCCUCAUUGUUUACCUCCUUUUCAAGCAUGUCAAGGAUGUUGAUUUUGAAAUUAUAGUUGUGGAUGAUGGAAGUCCUGAUGGAACUCAAGAUAUUGUUGAGCAAUUGCAGCAGGUGUAUGGGGAAGGUCGCAUUCUUUUGAGGCCUCGAUCUGCUAAGCUUGGUUUAGGUACUGCAUAUAUUCAUGGUUUGAAGUAUGCCUCUGGAGACUUUGUUGUCAUUAUGGAUGCCGAUCUAUCCCACCAUCCAAAGUACCUGCCAAAAUUUAUAAAGAAACAAAUAGAUACCGGUGCUGAUAUCGUCACGGGAACCCGCUAUGUUAAGGGUGGCGGUGUUCACGGCUGGAAUCUAAUGCGUAAAUUGACAAGUAGAGGAGCAAAUGUCCUUGCACAGACACUUCUUUGGCCAGGAGUAUCAGACUUAACUGGAUCAUUUCGGCUCUACCGGAAGUCAGUGCUUGAAGACAUCAUAAGUUCAUGCGUCAGUAAAGGCUAUGUUUUUCAAAUGGAGAUGAUUGUCCGUGCUUCAAGAAAACAUUAUCAUAUUGAAGAGGUUCCAAUCACUUUUGUUGAUAGAGUAUUUGGGAGCUCCAAGUUGGGAGGUUCAGAAAUAGUCGAGUAUCUUAAGGGCCUCAUAUAUCUUCUGUUUACAACUUGAACUAUAGAACAACCAACUGAUCACUUUCUUUUGAGUUCCAACUACUUUCAAACACUGCAUUUUUUAAAGCGAUAUUUGAACUAGUGCUUAGAAACUUUAGACUAGUGACUUUUCCCAUUUACUGUCUUUGUAUCAUAAAAAAACACCUACAGCCUACAGGGGAAAACUAAUUUUAUGGCAUUAUAGUGCUCUAUGGAUGUUUUUACUUGUAAUUUGCUGGUCUGGUCUGG